AGGAGCGAGCACACGGCCGUAUGUUCAAGUCCAAGUCCUUCGAUCUGGUCAGUGAGGAGAAGACGCGGAGGGCGGAGCGGCUCUACCAGCCGCGCCGGCUGCGCUGGCUCAAGUACAUCGUCCUGCCCGCCGUCUUUGGGUUUGUGCUGCUGCUGAUCCUCUGCAACGUGGACUUCUCCUACGACGACGAUGCCGAUGAUGGCUUAGGGUCAGACUCUGGCUCAGCCUUACCCUCAGCGGACGGACAUCCAUGGUGGAGGUUCGUGGAGGAGGAAGGUUUGACUGUGAUCAACGAACUGGAGCAGAUAUACAGCGAGAACGAGUGUCCAAACGAGAGCGUGCUCUAUGUAUCGGGCUACAAGUUUCCGAACGGCAGCCUGGAUGGGGACUUUCUGACUGGCAGCUUCCGGCUGCACAGCAUGGAGAUCGUCGACAGUGUCCUGAGCCACAUAGAAGACGGCACCUUCGACCGGAGCCAGCAGCACGGUCUGGUGACCCUGCAACUGAGGGGCACCCAGCUCCAAUCCCUGACCGCUGCGGCCUUUCGGGGACUGCAGAAGCUGCAGAACUUUACGCUGAUUAACGAGGAGGAGUCCUUUGUGGCGGAGGGCUUUUUGGCGCCACUCGCCAGCACCCUGCUCAGUGCCAGGAUCCAGCAGAGGUACACGGACAGCUUGUCCUACUCUGUCCAAGACUUCUUUGGGGUCGAGAACUACACGCUGCUGAAGUCGCUCGAUCUGAGCGGCACCAACCUCGGGGAGCUGCUCUCCUGGGACUCCUUCGUCUGUCUGCCCGCCCUGGAGCGACUCAUUUUGGUGGAUUGUGGCAUUGGGCAAGUCCAGUGGCACAGUCCCCCCCGAACGUUGCGAUCCUUGGACCUGAGUGGCAAUCCGCUGGACACAAUCAGUGGCAAUCCUCCGACAGUCAUAGAGGAGUAUGGCAUUGCGUUGGAACAGACUGACACCUCGCCCAUGAUUGGCUGGCAGGACGAGCCGGACAUGGGCUCAACGCCAGUCGAGACCACAGUCCAAGCGUUUCAAGCCUUUGUCCCAGAUUACAGAACAACCACAGCCGCAACCACAACCACGACCCCCGAAACAUCAACAGCGUUGAUCACAUCAACUACUGCGACUACUACGACUGCGGCACCACUUGACUGUUGGGAGGAAUUAUGCGAAAUUCUCAGCUGCACCGAUCACGAGGGACGAACCAACGAGACGCGUGUGACCUACAACGCAUCGCUUCAGUUCGAGGAUCUGAGUAACGCAGAGGUGCAGGUGAGACUCUCCCAUUUGGGGUCGUUGCAGUGGCGGCUGGUGUACUUCGCCACAGCCUCGUGGAGCGGCUAUGUGGGGCAGGAGAGCGCCGUGGAGAGCACGGAUCAUGAGGGAGAUCUGGUGGUGGUGGUGGCCAACUUGGACUGCGGCACACCGUUCGUGUUCUGCGUGGUGAUGGCGGGGCAGAAUGUCACCUCGCCACUGAACUGCCGUUCGCACAGGACGCUCAAGUGCUUGGCAUAUCCCGGGGUGUCCUGGUUCGCGGCGAACAGCGGCCUGGUCAUCGGUCUGGGCAUAGCUGGCAUUCUCAUCGGUGUGGUCCUGGGCAUGCUGAUCGUCUACGUGACACUGCGACUGAAGCCGAAGUGGCUAAAGGGCAGCCGGAGGCUGGUGCGUCCUCAGCGUGACUCGAACACGAUGUUCCUGAUGCCGAGGGGAUGUAAGCAAGAGGAAUACGGCUACCAGGGGAAUCCCAACACCAAAAAUGACAACUACGACUACGUUGCCUAUCACCGCUACUUGGAGCGAGCGAACUCGAAUCUCUAUCAAACGGAGUCGAACAAAUACAUUUCCCCUCCACGGGAGCGAGCUCCGUCCGUGCCACCGUCCAAGAACUACGUCUACGAGAGCUUUGAGUUGUACGAGGAGCUGCCUCAGUAG